AUGCGCGACCUACUCCCAAUAGCACGAGCCAUCAUCAGGGCCCGCCAAAUGGUCCGCCAACGCCUCAUAUAUGAAACGCGUCGAAGACGUCCUCGGAAACGGCUGAGAACUCUACGCAGAAGGUCAAAAACUCCACUCCGAAUCUCACCAUUCCGCAAAAAAUUAGACACCCGGUCUUCGACGCAUAGCUGCACGACAUGA